UGGAGCGAUUCUUCGACGCAGACGAACGGCGGAGUUUACGGAACGUCCGAAAGAACAACAAAUAAACAGGCUGAAAAGCAAAGGGGAGAGAGAGGGGACAAAAGCAAGAGCAAAGCAACAGCAAAGCACAAGCGAAUAGCGAGCACAAAGCAAAGCGCGCAACACGUGAAACAGCAGCCGUCGUCAAUUGGGUUUAAUUUCGAUUCUGAAAGGCGAUUCUACAACGAGAUGUCCACCGCAGCCACCACAACCACAUCGAUUGAGGGCUACAAGCUCGGAAAGGUCCUCAUCGAGGGCAAAACCAAGCAGGUUUACGAUCUGCCCGAACAGCCUGGACUUUGUCUGCUCCUCAGCAAGGAUCGCAUCACCGCCGGAGAUGGUGUCAAGGCCCACGAUCUGGCGGGCAAGGCGGAGAUCUCCAAUACCACCAACGGACAGGUCUUCCGAUUGCUCAACGAGGCCGGAAUUCGCACCGCCUAUGUGAAGCAGUGCGGAUCGAAGGCGUUCAUCGCCCGCAAGUGCCAGAUGAUACCCAUUGAAUGGGUGACCCGUCGCCUGGCCACAGGAUCGUUCCUCAAGCGAAAUGUCGGAGUGCCCGAGGGCUACAGAUUCUCGCCGCCCAAACAGGAGACUUUCUUCAAGGACGAUGCCAACCACGAUCCCCAGUGGAGCGAGGAGCAGAUCGUGUCGGCCAAAUUCGAGCUGAAUGGCCUGGUGAUCGGCCAAGAUGAGGUGGACAUAAUGCGUAGAACCACUCUGCUGGUCUUCGAGAUUCUCGAGCGGGCGUGGCAGACCAAGAACUGUGCCCUGAUCGACAUGAAGGUGGAGUUCGGCAUCUGUGACGAUGGCAACAUAGUGCUGGCCGACAUUAUAGAUUCCGAUUCGUGGCGCCUGUGGCCGGCGGGUGAUAAGCGCUUGAUGGUGGACAAGCAGGUGUAUCGCAAUCUGGCAGCGGUGACGGCCAGCGAUUUGGAUACGGUGAAGAGAAACUUCAUUUGGGUGGCCGAACAAUUGGCCGAUAUUGUGCCCAAAAAGGAUCAUCUGGUUGUAGUGCUAAUGGGCAGUGCCUCCGAUACUUCGCAUAGCGAAAAGAUAGCCACCAGUUGUCGUUCCCUGGGCCUAAAUGUGGAACUCCGGGUGAGUUCCGCCCACAAGGGACCCGAGGAGACGCUGCGCAUUGUCCGCGAAUACGAGUCGGUGAUGAGCAACCUCAUCUUUGUGGCCGUCGCUGGACGUUCCAAUGGCCUGGGUCCCGUCGUUUCCGGCAGCACCAACUAUCCGGUCAUCAAUUGUCCACCCGUCAAAUCGGACAACAUGCAGGUGGAUGUGUGGUCCAGCCUGAAUCUGCCAUCGGGCCUGGGCUGUGCCACCGUUCUCUAUCCGGAGGCAGCUGCUCUGCAUGCGGCCACCAUUUUGGGACUGGGCAACUUUAUGGUCUGGUCGAAAUUGCGCGUCAAGGCGCUGAACAACUUCAUCACCCUCAAGAAGGCCGACAAGGAGCUGCGCGGCGUGCGAAAUGCUUAGAUGGGUGGAAAUGCCUAUGGAGAUCAGCUGGUGAUUGCUUGGAGAAACCACCAAGGGGCCAUAAUUAACCAGGGAUCCUUGAAAGAGCAUCUGCAGAUCCCAUCGUUUGUUAUUUCGUUUCCUUUUUUUUUGUAACCGAACCUUUUUAUUUUCGUAGUAUUAAGAAAGCAUGACUUGAACUAGUUGUAUCCCAGUCUGGAUGAGGUAACUCGAAAUACCUAAUAAUAAAAAA